AUGCACUCGGCUCAUGAGCUAGCAUUUCAGAUGCAGGUUCCCGGAGGGAUGGAACCGGCGGCGUCGCCGGGGCAACGGCGCGAGCCAUUGGUCGAUCAAAGUGGCAAAUUUCCCCGAACAGAGGGCCUUCCUGGAGGAGGGCGGGACUUCCUGGAGGAGGGCGGGACUUCCUUUCGCAACUUCCGGGACCGAGGUCGUCUCUCGAGGCCUGGGCCCAAAAUGGAAGCUCAGGGUCGCCUGUGGCUCGAGAGCCCCCCGGGUGGGGCGCCCCCCAUUUUCUUGCCCUCGGACGGUCAAACCCUCAUCCUGGGUCGGGGACCUCUGACUCGGGUCACUGACCGGAAGUGCUCUCGAAAUCAAGUGGAGCUGGUGGCCAACCCUGAGACCCGGACAGUGGCCGUAAAACAGCUGGGAGUGAACCCUUCAACCGCCGGAACUCAGGAGCUGAACCAGGGACUGGAGGGCUCUCUGAAGGUGGGAGACACGCUGUACCUGGUCAAUGGCCUGCACCCCCUGAUUCUGCGCUGGGAAGGGACCGGCCUUCCAGGAUCCCAGCCAGACACUCCGCCCGGCACCCCUCCGGCAAACACAGACGUGGAGGACGACGCAGAGCCCCAGAGAAAGAGGAUGCGGAAGCCGCAGCCAGGCUGGGAGGACUUCGCCAAAAUCCUGGUGUACACGGCACCCGGGGUGAAGGCUCAGAGCAAGGUAGCCAGCUUUGAUCUGGAUGGGACUCUCAUCACCACACAGUCUGGGAAGGUCUUUCCAACCAGCCCCAGCGACUGGAAGAUCUUAUACCCAGAGAUUCCAAAGAAGCUGCGAGAGCUGGAAGCUGAGGGUUAUAAGCUGGUAAUCUUCACCAACCAGAUGGGCAUCGGGCGAGGGAAGCUACGAGCAGAGGACUUCAAGGCCAAGGUGGAAGCUGUGGUGAAGAAGCUGGGGGUCCCCUUCCAGGUUUUCGUAGCCACCCAUGCAGGCUUGUACCGGAAGCCGGUGAUCGGCAUGUGGGACCAUCUGCAGGAGCAGGCCAACGAGGGCGUGACUAUCUCCAUAGGGGACAGCUGCUUCGUGGGAGAUGCGGCUGGUCGCCCAGCCAACUGGGCCCCCGGGCGAAAGAAGAAAGACUUCUCCUGUGCAGACCGCCUGUUCGCCCUCAACCUGGGCCUGCCCUUCUCCACGCCCGAGGAGUUCUUCCUCAAGUGGCCUGCCGCUGCCUUCGACCUCCCAGCUUUUGACCCGAGGACCGUCACCUCCUCAGGGCCUCUCUGCCUCCCCGAGUCCAGCUCCCUCCUGAGCCCCGACCCGGAGGUGGUCGUUGCUGUUGGAUUUCCUGGGGCCGGGAAGUCCACGUUCCUCACGGAGCACUUGGUGUCUGCCGGAUACGUCCACGUGAACAGGGACACGCUGGGCUCCUGGCAGCGCUGUGUCAGCAUGUGUGAGGCGUCUCUGAAGCAGAAACAGCGGGUUGUGAUUGAUAACACGAACCCAGACACGCCGAGCCGGGCCAGGUACAUCAAGUGUGCCCAAGAUGCUGGUGUCCCCUGCCGGUGCUUCCUCUUCACCGCCACCCUGGAGCAAGCGCGUCACAACAACCGCUUCCGUGAGAUGACCGGCUCUGCCCACGUCCCUAUAAACGACAUGGUCAUGUAUGGCUACAGGAAGCAGUUCGAGGCGCCCACCCUGGCCGAGGGCUUCUCCCAGGUGCUGGAGAUCCCGUUCCGGCUGCACCUGGAGACGCGACUGGAGCGGCUGUACCGGCAGUUCUCCGAGGGCUGA